GCAAGAGGUAAGUGACAUGCACAUUUUGUAUUGUGUAAAUACUACAGAGCUACUCUUAUGUACAUUUGUGGUCUUUUUACAAAUUCUUGUUUCUAAACAAGCAAUAAAAUGUACCUUUAAAUAAUAAAAAAUGUAGCAAAAAAUACUGCAACCCAUUUCUGAUUUCAAGAUUUUUUUUUUUUACAUGGAAAGAGCAUCAGGGCUUUUUUUACCCAAUACUUUACUUUUUUGUGUUACUUUAAAUAUGGCAUGUUUUUAAUGUAGCAUAUCUAUUGCAGCAUUCUUUCAAAUAUUCUUGAAUUGAUUUGAUUGAACUAGCUCUGAAAUGUGGAUUUAUGUGCUUUCUCUUGUCUAAUAUCCACUAGAAAAAGUCCAAGAUUUCAGCUUCACGUAAACUAAUGUUAAAGAGCCUGAUGGUUGCUAAAGCUAAAGAAAUGUUGGAGCAGGAGGUAUUGGAUAAAGAGGAGGAAAAACAGAGGUAUCUGUCAGAGAAAGCCCCUCCUCUGCAGACUGGUGGAAUGUCUUUUGCAGAGCUUCAAGAACUGUGUCGGGAGCUUCAUUCCAAGAUCAACGAGGUGGAUGAGGAGCGCUAUGAUAUUGAAGCAAAAGUGCUGCAUAACACCAGAGAGAUAAAAGAUCUAAACAUUAAGGUCUUAGAUUUGAGAGGGAAGUUUAAGAGGCCCAAUCUGAGAAGAGUGAGAGUGUCAGCAGAUGCCAUCCUGCGCUCUCUCUUGGGCUCCAAACACAAGGUGUCAUUAGACCUGAGAGCUAACCUCAAAUCAGUCAAGAAAGAGGACACAGAGAAGGAAAAAACAGUAGAGGUUAGUGACUGGAGGAAAAACGUGGAGGCCAUGUCCGGAAUGGAAGGCCGCAAGAAAAUGUUCGAUGCUGCCAAGGGCCCUGUGCAGUAAUCAACAGGGUGUGGGAUCAACUGAGCAUGAAGAGGUGGCAAUGCUGACAUCGGCAUUAUAGGUUAUUGUUGGCAUACUGCCUAUAGCCUAUAUUACUUCUAAAGUGAAUUUUCUUUAUACAAAUCAUUUAUUGUAUGUUUUCCUUGUAUCUGAAUAGCACACAUUAUAUUAUAUCAGAGUAUGUGUCAGUUUAUACCAGUGUCAGAAAUGGUCAUUGCUCUGAAUCAUAAGCAGAUUUUUUUCAGUCCAGUCUAAAGUACAUGAUAAGCUUCUAUAUUGUUUGGCAGAAAUACAUGUCUACCAAAAUAUAACAAGUAAUUCCAUUAAAACCAAAAGGUAUAUUACUUUCAGCCAGAAUUGACCACAACAGCAAAACUGGAAUGUAGGACCAUAGACACAUUUUUGUUUGAUAGCCUUUGAUUACAUUCUCAAUAAACUCUAUUCAUUUCUAUAAACGUC